UUCUGGACUUCAGCGACCCCUUCAGCACGGAGGUGAAGCCCAGAAUCCUGCUGAUGGGGCUCCGGAGAAGCGGCAAGUCGUCCAUUCAGAAAGUCGUCUUUCACAAGAUGUCCCCCAACGAAACGCUGUUCUUGGAGAGCACGAACAAGAUAUGCCGGGAGGAUGUCUCCAACAGCUCCUUUGUCAAUUUUCAGAUUUGGGACUUCCCAGGGCAGAUUGACUUUUUCGACCCUACCUUUGACUACGAGAUGAUCUUCAGGGGGACAGGAGCAUUGAUAUUUGUCAUCGACUCCCAGGAUGAUUACAUGGAAGCCCUGGCCAGGCUCCACCUCACGGUGACCCGGGCCUACAAAGUGAAUACCGACAUCAACUUCGAGGUCUUCAUCCAUAAAGUGGAUGGUCUGUCAGAUGACCACAAAAUUGAAACCCAAAGAGAUAUUCACCAGAGGGCAAACGAUGACCUUGCCGAUGCUGGAUUAGAAAAAAUUCACCUCAGCUUUUAUCUGACAAGCAUAUACGAUCACUCAAUAUUUGAAGCUUUUAGCAAAGUGGUUCAGAAGCUGAUUCCUCAACUCCCAACGCUGGAGAACUUGCUGAACAUCUUUAUAUCUAAUUCUGGAAUUGAAAAGGCAUUUCUAUUUGAUGUGGUCAGUAAAAUUUAUAUUGCAACUGACAGUACUCCAGUGGACAUGCAGACCUAUGAGCUCUGCUGUGAUAUGAUAGAUGUGGUGAUCGACAUUUCCUGUAUUUAUGGUCUCAAAGAAGAUGGAGCAGGAACCCCCUAUGACAAGGAGUCCACGGCCAUUAUCAAGCUGAAUAAUACAACAGUUCUGUAUUUAAAAGAGGUCACCAAGUUCCUGGCUCUCGUUUGCUUUGUCAGAGAGGAAAGCUUUGAAAGAAAAGGGCUUAUUGACUAUAACUUUCAUUGCUUCCGGAAGGCCAUCCAUGAAGUUUUUGAGGUGAGAAUGAAAGUCGUAAAAUCUCGAAAGGUGCAGAAUCGGCUGCAGAAGAAAAAAGGCGCCACCCCCAACGGGACCCCCCGAGUGCUGCUGUAGGCGAGGUGUCUGGAGCACCCUCAGAAAGGAGCCCUUGGCCACAAGGCUGCUGCACCAUGUUGCACUACAAGAAGAGGAAGAAGGCGAUGGGACACAUGGCGUGGAUUUGUUGUAAAAAAAAAAAAACCACACAAACACAAGCACACCUGCAGCCCUCUUGAUCUUCUCUUUUUUAAAUAAAGUAAGCACUUUGAAGCAAAAACUUGUAUAUUAACAAUGUAAUGAAACCCACUGUACUUUCAUCAUACAAAUGUAAACUUUUAUGGUCUGUAGUAAAAAAAAAAAAAAAAAA